UGUCAAUUGGAGUAAUCCGCCCUUGAAAUGAAAAGCAACAACACAAAUAAAAUAUAUGCGCUAAUGUGAUCGUUAAAUCAAUAAAAUGGCAGAGGCUACUUCUUCUUUUUCUGGAACUCAAGUAGUAUCUCAACCUCCACAACAGCCAGCCACCACUCCAGUACAGGUACUGAAGUUGAAAAAUCCCAAAAAUGACAAGAAAGUCAAGUGGACAAACGAAACAGUGGAUAAUGAACAUUUGAACAAAAAGAAGUCCAAGUGCUGCUGCAUCUAUGAGAAGCCUCGCAUGUUUGGCGAGUCCUCAGAUGAGGAAGAAGACCAUGACUGCACGGGGCACUGUAGAGGUCACAAGGACAAGUGUUACCGUGGAGAUGAAGGUAACCAUGCACCGGAGCAGUAUUUGUAUUACAAGCAGGAAUCCUGACCAACCAGGCACAAGUGAUAGUUGAUGGACCAGACAUAACGUACUGCUGUUGAUAUUGACACUUUGUUAAAGCUUUGAGGACUUUUCAUAGUUAGAUAGUUAUCAUUUAUGAACAAUGUCAACCAUAUUGAAGUUCAUUCAUUAUGUGGCACCAGUUAGUAAACCCUUUCCCACUCAGAAACAAAGUAAAAAUGGCUAAGUGCAAUCAGCAUAAAACCAAUACAGCCUGCGAGUAACUUGCAGCUUUUCAGGUUUAAUGCUGCUUGCUGCUCAUCAGUGUCUAAGGGUUGGAAAUGAAGCUUUUAAAACUUGAAUCGAGUAUGAAAGGACUUUAAUUGAAUUUAAUUUUUUAGGCGAUUUGUUUCUCAGUGGUAAAGGGUUCACGAGCCAUCAUGUCUGACACGAUGAUCAAUGCUAAGCAUGAGCUAAAAUCAUUUUCACACAUAGUUGAUUACAUUCUCAGCUUCAUUCUUUUAAGCUGUAUUCCAUAUUCAGAACUAUGUUCACAUAUUGUGGAAGGGGUUUGAUUUCUCCUGCUUACAGCUGAUUUCCUCCCUUGCAAUCUCAAACUACUGUUACAAAUAUUUAUUAACUUUUAUGAAUCUGUUUAUAAAUGAGUAGAUCAAUUGAACUCUGUCAGGGGGAAGAGCAUUGUCCUACUUUGAUUUGGUUCACCAGGGCUCAACAUUAACAGAAAAACCAACUUGCCCUGCUGGACAAGUACUUAGAAAAUCUACUUGCCCUGAACGUAAAGCCACUUGCCCAAACAUGAAAUAUCCCAGCAACUGUAAACCUCAUAUUUUAGUAAAGUUCAAAAUGAUACACUACAAAACCUUUUUUUUUUAACAUUUAACAAAAUGAAUACAGCAAUUUAAGUCUAAUUUAAGUCUAAAUUAAAUGCUUUUUGUUCUUUUAUUGCACUUUUCUGGGAGGACAACUACAUAAAAUAACUUGCUCGGACCAAACAUUUACUUGCCAGGGGUAAUAGGACAACCAUUAAAGUGAGCCCUGAUUCACACAAAUAUGUAUUUGACUUAGCAAUAACUAGAAAAGUAAAUUUUAAAAAAUCUUGCAGUUAAAUAAGUUAUUCAGCAAUUACAAGUGAUGGGUGCAUUUUAGAGUGUGUUGACAGUGAAAUAUUCAUGCUUGGCCCACAAAAGAGAUUUUAAUUAUCAAUUCUCAAUAAUUUAUUUACAAGAAUUAAGGGAUUUUAGUGGAAAUGAACAUGGGUAUAUGGCUAUUCAUGGAAAUAUCUCCUAAACACUUGUUAAAGUUCUUACCAGAUGUGUGUGUACAUCAAAGAAUCUUGUAUUGUAUACUUUCAGUACUAUUUGAGUGUAGAAGCUGGGUGUCCUGCAAUAAUAUACAAAUAUAUAUGAAUGGAAUAUAAGUUGUAUGGAAUCAAUAUACUUUUAUGGUGAAGAUUUCCAUACCAUUUCUUGUAAAAUAUAGAAAUAAAUAGUCACUUUUAAUUUAUCUGAACAACAUUUAGGGCAGUAGAACCAUGAUUUACUGAAUUGUGUGUUUUUUAAUUUUUUUCUUUAAUAAGAUAAUAUUUGAACUUGUAUUAUUUCUUUUACUGGUAUUUUUGUUUACAUGUUUGAAAUAAUCAUUUGAACAUUAUUAUGCCCCCCUUCGAAGAAGAGGGGGUAUAUUGCUUUGCUCAUGUCGGUCGGUCGGUCAGUAGGUCGGUCGGUCGGUCGGUAUGUCGGUCCGUCCACCAGGUUGUUUCCGGAUGAUAACUCAAGAACGCAUACGCCUAGGAUCAUGAAACUUCAUAGGUAGAUUGAUCAUGACUCGCAGAUGACCCCUUUUGAUUUUGAGGUCACUAGGUCAAAGGUCAAGGUCAUGGUGACCCGAAAUAGUAAAAUGGUUUCCGGAUGAUAACUCAAGAACGCAUACGCCUAGGAUCAUGAAACUUCAUGGGUAGAUUGAUCAUGACUUGCAGAUGACCCCUAUUGAUUUUGAGGUCACUAGGUCAAAGGUCAAGGUCACGGUGACCCGAAAUAGUAAAAUGGUUUCCGGAUGAUAACUCAAGAAUGCAUACGCCUAGGAUCAUGAAACUUCAUGGGUAGAUUGAUCAAGACUCGCAGAUGACCCCUAUUGAUUUUGAGGUCACUAGGUCAAAGGUCAAGGUCACGGUUACCCGAAAUAGUAAAAUGGUUUUCGGAUGAUAACUCAAGAACGCAUAUGCCUAGGAUCAUGAAACUUCAUAGGUAGAUUGAUCAUGACUCGCAGAUGACCCCUAUUGAUUUUGAGGUCACAAGGUCAAAGGUCAAGGUAACGGUGACCCAAAAUAGUAAGAUGAUUUUCGGAUGAUAACUCAAGAACGCUUUUGCCUAGGAUCAUGACACUUCAUAGGUACAUUGAUCGUGACUCGCAGAUGACCCCUAUUGAUUUUCAGGUCACUAGGUCAAAGGUCAAGGUCACAGUGACAAAAAACGUAUUCACACAAUGGCUGCCACUACAACGGACAGCCCAUAUGGGGGGCAUGCAUGUUUUACAAACAGCCCUUGUUCAUGAUUAUUAAACACCCACCAAAUCUAUGUUGGACCUUUUUUUAAAUAAUUAUAAAGCUCUCAGCUUUCUUAAGGCAUAUGAUGUACCGGUGUAAGUUUGUUGUAAAUGAAGGGUAAUACAUUUUGCUGUUCUUCAAAAUGAUUCGCUAAAUUAAGUUAAUACCAUGUUAGAAAACAUGUAUGCAACGAACAGACUAAACUAUAAAUAUCCUAACCCAUGGAUAAAUGGAACUCUGUUGUUUAGUACAAACUUUUAAUCAUUAAAACUAAGCUUAUAGCUUUGUGAAUGGUAGCUUGGACAUACUUUUCUGUGAUAUGUUUUCUAUUUUACUUCACAUUUUCCCUUUGCUUUUAUGAGUAGGUAAUUAUUGUUCAUGUAUGUGUAGUAGAGAACAGACUUUAAACUCUUGUCUUUAAAGAUUCAAUCUGUUGGCUUUAAUUUAAAAACAACAACACAAUUUAAAAUUUUAUAUUUUUUGUUGAUGGUUUCUCAGACGAAUAGUUAUAAUAGGUAUUUAGUUGAUUUGUGUUUACAAUUUUUUAUAUUUAAGUAUUUAGAUGUAUUUUAAUGAUCAUAAAUAAGAAAUUGCUCCGUUUAUUUAUUUUGUUGGGGAACUUAAGAUCUAUUUUUUUAAACCACAGAUCUGUCAAUAAAGACAAAUAAACAUUUAGUCAUGUACAGGUAGUCAUUAGUCAUUAGUUACGGCUACUCAACACAGGCCACGUAAGUUAUUGCCAAUUUAAGAAUUGUUAUCGUUUUUGUUUGUUAUGUUUGUCAUACUGGUAGAAUAUAUAACAAAUUGAAAAAGACAUGAUUAUGCUGCACGUGUCUACAUUAUUAGCAGCAUCAUGCUUAAAUGGACCUUGGGCCAUGUCCAGCCAGCAUAGCUUCAGACCAGACUACUGGAUUGCAAUGUCCGCAAUAAAGACUGCAAUGUCCGCUGUAAAGACUCGCAAUAUUUUGUGGUCUCAUUUGCAGACAAGGUAGCUCCAGACCGGACUGCUCUGAUGCCCAGGCUGGUCCACCCGUAGGCUGGCUGCAUAUGGCAUAACAUUUUCGUAUGAUGAUUUUACCAGAACAAAAGUGCGCACUGUUAACUGUAUUGUUUUAAUUAGCAUCGUUUUAAUGUAUCUUAGAAUCUAGUAUUCAAUAUGUAUAAGGUAUAACCCUCCAGUGUAUUGUCUGUUAUAAUUGUUUAUUAAUUAUUGGUAGAGUGAUGUGUUUAAAUUGCAAUACAUCUGCAUGACUUAUCAUGUGUGUUGGAAUAAUUAAUGUUUAAUAUUGUGCAAAUGAGCAUAUAUUGGAUGUUACUGAUUAUUA